AGCUAAUACACAUUUCACUCCAGACCGUUGAACACUACAAAAUAGAGCAGCGUGACAAGUAGAAGUGUUUUAGUCAACUCAAUACUGAAAUUGAAUUUAUAACUAUGUCUUGGUCAAUGUUUGAGACUGUUGGAUUUUUUGUUGGAAUACUGAUUCUGCUGUAUUAUUAUUCUACAUCGGUUUUGGAGUUCUGGCAGAAACGAGGCGUGAAAGGACCAAAACCUAUUCCAUUUUUGGGCAACUUUACGAACGUGUUUCUUGGAAGGAGUUCAGUGAAUGAUUGUUUCGUGAAAGCUUACUACCAGUUCAAAGAUGAACCGAUGGUCGGAGUAUUUGGUGGCCACAUCCCACAUUUAAUUAUAAGGGACCCGGAUUUAAUAAAGGAUGUUCUUAUUAAAGACUUUUCAACGUUCGUUAAUAGGAUAACUGUUCCUAAUGAGCUCGAGCCAUUAUCAGUACACCUGUUCAGUCUUGAAGCAAAAAGAUGGAAGCCUUUAAGAGCCCGACUCUCGCCUGUUUUCACUUCAGGAAAACUGAAAGAAAUGUUCGGUUUACUGGUAGAAUGUGGAAAUCAUUUUGAAGAGUACUUGAAGAAACUGGUUGAGAAGGGCGAAUAUAUCGCCACCCGUGAGAUAUCUGCAAAAUAUACUACCGAUGUGAUCGGUUCCUGUGCGUUCGGGAUAGAAAUGAACGCGUUAGCAGCAGAAGACAGCGAAUUCCGUAAAAUGGGCAGAGAAAUCUUCAAAACAAACGUGAAAACUGUCACGAAGGAUAGAUUGAGGGAAUAUCCAUUGCUAUUUAACAUCUUCGGACGAUUCCUCCUCGAUUCUGAAGUCGAUAACUUUUUCAUAAGAAUCACCAAAGAGAGUAUAGAUUAUAGGAUAAAGCACAAUUUUCAUAGACAUGAUUUCAUUGAGACUUUGGUAGAUCUGAAGAAGAAUCCUGGAAACAUUAGUGAUAAACAAUUGAGUGACAGUUUCUUGGCUGCACAAUCCUUUGUCUUCUUUGCUGCUGGUUUCGAAACUUCCUCUGUAACGAUCACUCAUGCUUUAUACGAGCUAGCAUAUAAUCAUUCGAUUCAAGACACUCUUCGAUCAGAAAUUAAGGAUGUUUUACAACGUAGUAAUGGAGAGAUCACAUAUGAUAAUAUAAAGGAAAUGAAAUAUUUGGACGCAGUCCUCCAAGAAACAUUACGAAAAUAUCCGGUAGUAUUAUGGUUAUCCAGAACAGCAAUGACUAAUUACACGUUUUCGGGUACAAAAGUCACCAUUCCGAAGGGUCAACACGUAGUCGUGCCCGUUGAUGCUAUUCAGAAUGAUCCAGAUAUUUUUCCAGAACCGGAAGUCUUUGAUCCUAACAGAUUUCUUGACGAUAAUGCUAAGGGCAGACAUCCAAUGUUUUAUAUGCCAUUCGGAGAUGGCCCAAGAAAUUGCAUUGGCGCAAGGUUUGCUAAGAUUCAAUCCAAGGUAGCGUUGAUUAAAAUUUUAUCAAACUUUAAAGUGGAUGUAUGUGAAAAGACUGUUACCGAGUACAAGAGGGAUAUAAAAUCAUUCCUUCUUUUGCAACCAACGCACGAAGUAUAUUUAAAAAUGACAAAAGCUUAAAUAUAUAGGACAGGAGCAAACAAGUAUAUGUUAAUCAAUUUCUUAUUGAUUAUUUUCUAUUUAUAUUUAAGCAAAAAUAAGAUACUUAAUAUAAAUGACAUCAGCAGGCGUUAUUUGUGGUAAAAGAGUUAAUUGUUUCACUAAAUAUAUUCAUAACUGUUUUAAAGAUUAUUUCUAUUACUGAUAUUAUAAUAGUGAAAUUUUUUUUAGUUAUACAUCCAUUUCAAUAAUUAAUAGUAAAUGUAAUAAUUAAUAAAACAAA